AUGGGGAUGAGUAUAUUGGAUUAUGUACUGGUUCCACUAGGGUUAGGUUUGAUGGUGGCUUACCAUGUAUGGCUGCUUUACAUGGUGAUGAGGCAUCCAACCAAAACUGUGAUUGGCAUCAACUCCAUCAACAGAAGAGCAUGGGUUCACACAAUGAUGGAGGAUCCUUCUAAAAACGGCAUACUAGCAGUUCAAACGCUCCGGAACAACAUCAUGUCCUCAACCCUCCUGGCGUCGACCGCCAUCACGCUCUGCUCGUUGGUGGGAAUGCUAAUGACCCAAUCUUCUCCGUCGUCGUCGCUAACCCUCGUCGUCAACCAAAAGCACUUCUCGCUAAAAUCGUUCCUCAUACUCUCGUGCUUCCUCGUCGCGUUCCUGAUGAACAUCCAAUCCGUGAGGUUCUACAACCACGCGAGCAUUUUAAUCAACGCGAGGAGGUCCCCGCUUCUGACGCCGGAGUACGUGGCCGACGUAGUCAACCGGGCGAGCUAUUUUUGGUCCGUCGGGUUGAGGGCUUUUUAUUUCUCGUUUCCGUUGUUUCUGUGGAUUUUUGGCGCCGUCCCUAUGUUUCUGUGCUGCGUCGGGCUUGUUUGUAUGUUGAGGUUGUUGGACGUCAUGUUUCAUGGGAUGGUGGCUGCUGAGGAGGCUGAUGAGUUUGUAGGAGAUGGGAGAGGGGAACGUGCCUUGAGUUCGAGUCAAAUGCCAAGUUAGAUGAUUAGGAUGUCCGCGAUGGUGUGUGCUAGAGAGAGAGUACCGAGUAGUGAGAACAAAUGUCAGAUGUUUUUUUAGUCAUUAGCCACUUGGUUAUUUUAUUUUAUUUUAUUUUAUUUUAUUA